GCUAUCUCCUAGAGAAACCUCCUGUUAACGCCGAAAUGUAGUAAAGGCCUCCCGAACCAUAACCCAAGACAGAUUUGACCCUUUUGAUCAUCUGACAGGCGAAAGAUGUGAAGAUAAUGUUUUUGGUUUGUUGGCACAGGGGGCUUGAGAAGCUAUUUUGGUGGUUCGCAUUCCUUCUUCGAAUGCCUGCCUCUUCCUAUUUUGGGGGCAAGAGUGCGUCGCUCGUUAGUUGCGAAAGUAUUUACGAAGUCUCGCAUGGAAUAGCCCUUGUUCCCAUCAGUUCUCCCCCGCUUCGUUUGCUCUUGCCGCAAAGCAACAAUCGCCUUGUGUUUCAGUGCAUACAGCACAGGCCUGUGUGGGAUCCCCAGGUUGAAAACUUGUGUCAUACCCAUUGUAUAGAGCUGGCGCUUACGACAAAGAUACCUGGUCCUUCAUCCGCUAGAUGAAGCCUUAAGUUUUGAGGCAGAACGGGUGACUAUAGGGGACUUUGCUUUGGGACCUGUCCCCUUGUGGGGGGUCUUUGGACUUCUGGGCGUCUUGGUCCUUUGUUGAUCUUCGACUCCGGUGCCACCAGACAGGGAGGUGGUUGAACUGAUGGC